GCUACGCGAGGCGGAAUUUCCAUCUGGCACUUUCGAAGGCGGUUUCCCGGUCCAGAAAGGGGAGUGUGGAAAAGAGGAAUCGAAAGAAACCGAAGAGAAGACAGACGUUCCUGAUUUCCAGUCACACUUCCCCUGUGAGGGAGGGGGUCCGGGAGCCCCCUCCCCGCCCCAGGCCUGCCUCCUCCUCAGUCGCUGAGGGGCUCACACGGGCCAUUUUCUCUCCUCUGUCCUCCUCCUACAAGACCCUGGUCAGGCAAGGUGAGCAGGGGACCGGCAGUGCCCGUCAUGGCCCUUCUCCAACCCGGAUCUGGGAAGAUGUCCGGAGCCGGCGAGAGGUACCCUCAGCUCCACCCGCUCAUCCCCCGGCCGCGGCGGGGGCGGGCUCAGAAGAUGGCCGGCGCCCUGCUGGUCCUCUGCCUGGCCGGCCUGUGCGUCCUGGGGACCCCCGCCGCCCUGGCGACGCCCCGGCUCCUCGGCCACUUCCUGGCUCUGCACGCCGGACGACUGGCCCAGAGGAUCUGCGGCCUGGCCGAAGAGCUCUGCCACGUCCAGGCGAGGUACCAGGGCAGUUACCGGAGGGCUGCCCGCUCCUGCCUCGGUGGGUCUGUCCGGCUCGGCUCCCUGCUGCUCCUCUGCGUCUAUUUCUACGUCACCUUGUGCCCCGAGCUGGACCUGCCCCUGGCCCUGACCCUGGAGUGCCUCUGCCAGCUGCUGAACCUCAUUCUGGGACUCCAGCCCCUGACCCCAGCGGAGAUCUCGGAAGUGUGUGAGAGGCGGCACCUCAACGUGGCCCAAGGAUUGGCCUGGAGCUACUAUGUCGGAUACCUAAAACUCAUCCUGCCCGGCCUGCGGGAGCGGGUCCUGAGUUCGCCAGGCUGGGCGGAACGGGCCCCCGGGGGCCUGGCGAGCUGGAGGCUGCACAUCCUGCUGCCCCUACACUGCGACGUCCGCGACGACCUGCAGGGAGCCGACCCCGCCGUCCGCUUCCUGCGUCAUCUGCCGGACCUCCUCCUCGACCGGGCCGGGGUCAAGAGGAGAGUCUACAAAAACAGCCUCUACGAGAUCUGGGACCGGGGCCGGAGGGCGGGCACCUGCGUCCUGGAGUACGCGACGCCCCUGCAGACGCUCCUGGCCAUGUCCCGGGACGGGCGGGCGGGACUGAGCCGGGAGGACCGCCUGGAGCAGGCCAAGCUCUUCUGCCGGACGCUGGACCAGAUCCUGCAAGACUGCCCUGACUGCCGAGACUGUUGUCGCCUCGUCGUCUACCACGAGCCCGAGGUCGACGGGGAGGCCGGGAGCCCUCUGGCCCAGGAGAUCCUGCGACACCUGCAGCAGCAGCAAACGGAGGAGUUUGCCGUGGACGGCGGGCCCGAAGAAAUCACCGGGCCGCCCACGCCCACCUCCCUGUCCCAGGAGCCACACUUCCUCAUCAGCACCAGCCUGGAGCAGCCAAUGACCCUCCUCCCCAGCGACUCCUGAGCCCGCCCGCCCUCGGCCCGGGAGGGGAGGCUGGGGGGGGGGGAGGGCG